AUUUGGUUUCAAACCGUUUCACCAUCUGGUCUCAUUCUCAAGAAGAAAGAAAAUAGAAAUCAAAAUAAUGAAGUGAUUUCCAUACGAAAAACGCAAAAUUGCAGAAAAACAAAAAACAUUUGCUGGCGAUCGAGCGCCGCGCAUAACGGUACAACGCUGGGCAAUCGCUAAAAAAUCGCUCGCAAUUCGCAAGCUCGCUGGCAAACGCAAACAAAGACACAGCAGCAGUGGCAAAGAAAAGGCAAUAGCAAAAGCAAGGAAAGCAAAGGCAAAAGCAGCGAGGGAUUUUUGGAGGCUGCUUCUUGGGGCGACAUUAAAAAAUAAAAGUCGAUGAUGAAAUGUCUAGCUUAGGUCGUAUACACCAAGAACACAAAACAACAGAGCCAUCAUAGAAGCACAACUGGCGGAGCACAAGAACUGCGGCCCCAAAAUGAGCUGCAAGGUGCGGCUGAUGGAGGACGGCUCGCUGGAUGAGGAGCCGCUAACCCUAAAGGAGAUCGCCUACCAGAAGCUGUGCAAUAACCUAGAUAUAAUUAGCAGCCACCGACCCGACGGCCAGCGAGGCCUUAAUCCGGGAAUCGUCCUACCCAACGAGAUAUGUGACGGUUUUCUGGAGAACUACCAGCGCUUCAAUCGACCACUGGACGACAGCGUCAUCCGUCUCUUCGAGGACACACAGCGAACUUCGCUCAAGAUCGUCAAUCUGCGCAACAGCACCCUAAGCAGCAUAGGCUUAGAGACCCUGAUGCGACACAAGCUUUUCGCUUUGUCUAUGUGGUAUUGCGACAUGAUAACCGUGGGAUCACACCACCUUCUGGCUCAUUAUGGCGACAGUCUGCGAUCUCUGGAGCUAGGGAUCAGUUCCCAUUUGCUGCAGUACGCCGAGCCCAACGAAAAGGAGCCUGUUGACUUCCAAUUAACAUGUCCCCACCUGCGGCGAUUAGUGCUCAAUGGUGUGGUGAUGCACCAUCGACUGCAGUUCGCCCACCUGCACGACCUGGGCCACCUGGACUUGACCUCCUGUGUGUUGGCCAACUUCAGUCUGGAGGCAUUGGGAUCGCUGCCCAAUCUGCACACUCUCAUCCUCUUCAAUGUGUGGCCGAUUGCCAAUCAGCUGCAUGCAAUAUGUUGCUUGAGGCGGCUGUGCACAUUGGACAUAUCAAUCUCCAGUUCUGGCAAUGGUCAUGGCACUUACGAUCUGCCAGAUCAAACCCUGGAGAUGCUGAUGGACAACCUGCGACAUCUCACACAUUUGGAUAUCUCGGGGACGAAUUUGGCAGGCAACGGGGUGGCUACUAAAGAGUCGACGAGUACAAGCGGUACGCAGCCCAGCACCAAAAUGGAGCAGCCCUUCGCCCUUACUGACAUCCCGGGACUGGCAUUGCGCACCCAGCGACCGCUACAGUUCCUGGGACUCUAUCACACAGCCCACUGGGCCUGCAAAAGACACGACAUCCCAGCUCUAGAAGUGGCUGGUGAUGCCAAUGAGCAGCAAAUCCUCACUGCAGCUCGCUAUUAUCACGACAGACCAGUGCUAUUGACAAGGGUACUCAACGAUCUGUACCAUCUCUUCCGUUUCGAGAACUGCAAGGACAUACACACGGCACUGGAUGUUGUACUCUCCGCCAUGGACCGACAUCUCAAGUUCAAGCACAUGCAAAUCUCUGGCAGUGCCACCCUGUUCUACAUUGUUAAAGGGAGAGAUCGAUCAAAGUUUGGAACACUCCUGCGUAAUCACAUAAUUCGCACUCUGCUUAAUGGUAUGGAGAUGCAUCUCACAGACGACACCAUGCUCCGAAAUGGUUACCUCACGCUCACCCAGUUCCACAUGCCAGUCGAUGUGCUCUUCGAGUACGAGCGUCUCAUCAAAAUAUUGCUACAUGGCGUUUCCAAGACGGAACAAGAAGGCUUUGUCCAACGCAUUGCCAUCUAUCUGCUGAACACACUCGCUUGUCAAGUUGAUGGACGACAAAAGCUGUUCCUCGGAGAAUUGGGGGUUGUUAGUACCAUGCUGACGCUGAUCAAGGAUCGCCUGACUCGCUCCGUCUUCGACGAUGUGAUGGAGGUGGCUUGGUCCACCAUGUGGAACGUAACCGAUGAGACUGCUAUUAAUUGUAAGAGAUUCCUCGAUGGCCGCGGCAUGGAGUAUUUCCUUAAGUGUUUACAUACCUUCCCGGAUCGUGACGAGCUCCUGCGGAACAUGAUGGGCCUGCUGGGCAAUGUUGCCGAGGUAAAAUGGCUGCGACCCAAGCUGAUGACCCAGGAAUUCAUUGAGGUGUUUGCUCGCCUGUUGGACUCUUUGAGCGAUGGCAUCGAGGUGGGUGGUGCUAGUGCGAACUUGAUGGCGAGAUUGCGAGAGAGAGAGAUGGGCAGUGCUAACAAUGCUAACCUGCGCUUCCAGGUCAGCUACAAUGCGGCUGGAGUGCUGGCGCACAUCGCCUCGGACGGAGCCGAUGCCUGGACCAUAAAGACGCCCAGCAGGGAGCACGUGCUGGAGCGCAUGGUGGCCGCCAUUCAGCGGUGGAACAUCAAGAGCGAACGAAACAUCAACUACCGCAGUUUUGAGCCGAUCCUUAGCUUGGUGCGCUGCUACGAGACGCCCCAAUGCCAACAUUGGGCUGUUUGGGCCCUGGCUAAUCUGACGCAGGUUUACCCCGAAAAAUAUUGCCAGUUGGUGGAGCAGGAGAAUGGCAUCCAGAUCCUGAACGAGCUGAUCGAGCACGAGAGUCCCUACUGCGAGAUAAAGCGCAUCGCCCGCCUAGUUAUAGAGCAGUGCGACUCCGGGUCGGAUCGUAUGAUCGAAGGCUAAAAAGAUAUGUAGGAUAACGCCUAACCUUAGGAUUCGAGUUUGUUGUAAUGUUUUUUUUCUGCUUCCCCUGUUUCCCGUUUAAGGGCAAGUGUUAUAUUGUUCAGGAGAUUCUUCCAUGACUUUUAUGUUUACAGUGAGAGCAGCAGAUAGAUGCAAGUUUAAGCUACGCGAGAAUUAAGCAACUAAAACCUAAUGAAAGAAAAACAAACAAAAAUAAUCGAUAAAUACAUAAUUACUAGUAUAUAUGUAUAUGUAUAUGAUGUAUCACAUGUUGUAAGCCAGCGAUCUUUUUAGGCCGUCGAAGUGUAAAUAUUGUUAAACCCGGAAAAAGAAAGAUACUGAUAGUAGGAGCAAGACAGCUGGAGAUUAAAUAAAUCCUUAAGAAUUGAAUUCCCUUCCUUGAUCGACAGCUAUAUAGGCGAAUGCAUUGAAUUUAACUGUUCGAUCUGUUCCUAGAUUUGUGUUCAUUAUUCGAUGCCCGCUCCCCACUCUUCUUGUGCUUUCGCAUCACCCAUCUUAAUCGUUCUACAUAAUCUAGCUAUAUAAUCUAGAACCCUAGACUAGACCGUAAGCGACUGUAAAUAAUUGCAAGUAACAGUUUUCAAAGUUCUGCGCUUGGCAUUAAUAAUAUUUAAAACAUUGUAUGUUAUCAUUAGUUACCUUAUAUUACGUAUAUAUAUAUUAUUUGAUUCGUAAGCUUCAUCACGCUUGUGUCUUACACUUCAUUUACCAUCAAAAAUCACAUGAAACCCAUUGAGAGUUUUCUCCCGAAAUUUCCUGUGUGUUAGGUUCAACUUUUCUUUUGAGUUUACACUUUAUUCAUUACAAAAUUAGUUUUGUUAAUUUUAAAAACAAUUUGUAAUUAUUAAUUCAACCAUUGAAAUAGUUUUAAAAAUUCAAUUUGGUAAAUGUUGAAUAUAACGUACGCUCAUCUCCCUUUAAAAUCAAGCUCAGGAAAUGCAAUAUACUCGUAUAUAUAUAUUUUCAAAAAGUUUUUUACCGCUGAAACAAUUUUUAACUGAUUUUUAUUUAAUUUGAAACAAGCAUUAUUAAGAUAAUUUUUUUGACUUAUUUUAAACAAAUCCUUGAGUUUAUGUUGAAACUUUAAAAAAGUUUUGAAAAUUUUUGAUUAUCAAAUUGAAUUAUUAAACUGUAAUCAUAAAACAUCACAUCAAAAACGCAACUUUGCAGCAGAGUGUGGAGUGUGGCAAGAAGAGUUUCUUCUUCUUCAUAUGUUUGUGGUAUAUGUAAAUUUCAAUAAAGCUGCAUCUAUGUAAA